AGCGCCUGGGCGAAUGGCAAACAGCUGACACCAUCUCCGCGGACGCGAAUGGCACAUUUCUUCAGUUGUGUUUUUUUGCUUCGCAUUUUGGCUAAUGAUCCGCAGUCCGGCGGCGUUAUCACGGAAUUGACGAGGCCGAUGCGUCACUUGUGCGUGGGCUGCAUCCGGACACCAUGAACUACUCCUACUCCGCGCUGUCGCCCGGCGGUAGCGGAGGAUUCGGUGGCGUUGACCAGCACAACCGCUGCUGCGGAAACAAGGCCUGGUGCGUCAAGGACAUCUGCGGCAUUGUGUGCGUGAUCAUGACCUGGCUGCUUAUCCUGUUCGCCGAGUUCGUGGUCAUGCGGCUGAUCCUGCUGCCCAGCAACUACACCGUGUUCAGCACCAUCAACAUGAUCAUAUUCCAGGCACUCGCCUUCCUGGCCUUCGCUUCGCACAUACGCACAAUGCUCUCGGAUCCGGGCGCUGUACCGCGCGGUAAUGCCACCAAGGAGAUGAUCGAGCAGAUGGGCUACCGCGAGGGUCAGAUGUUUUACAAGUGCCCCAAGUGCUGCAGCAUCAAGCCGGAGCGGGCCCAUCACUGCUCCGUCUGCCAGCGCUGCAUCCGCAAGAUGGAUCACCACUGUCCGUGGGUGAAUAAUUGCGUGGGCGAGAACAACCAAAAGUACUUUGUGCUCUUCACCUUCUAUAUCGCUUCGAUCUCCGUGCACACGCUCUUCCUAGUGCUCACCCAGUUUGCGGAGUGCGUGAAAAACGACUGGCGCACCUGCUCGCCGUACUCACCGCCGGCCACUAUAUUCCUGCUGCUCUUUCUCACCUUCGAGGGCCUUAUGUUUGGCAUAUUCACCAUCAUCAUGCUGGCCACUCAGCUGACGGCUAUCCUAAACGAUCAGACGGGCAUCGAACAGCUGAAGAAGGAGGAGGCCCGCUGGGCCAAGAAAUCGCGCCUCAAGAGCAUCCAGUCGGUGUUCGGACGCUUCUCGUUGGCCUGGUUCUCACCAUUCACGGAGCCUUCGUGCCGCACAAGGUUCAACUCGCACUUCUAUUCGGUGUGAGGGAAGCAAGCGGAAUGCGGAUUAGCUUAAUCGAACAAUACUAACCGACUAACAAACGUACAAGGCAACAAGUUGUCGCUACUUGUUGCGCCGCUGAGUGCAAUUUUGUAUUUUGCAAUUGCUAUUUUUCGAUCAAUUGUCAACUAUAUAUUUACUACAAAUCGUAUGUGUGUGUUUAGGCCUAAGCGAAGGAUUAAAUAUGCAUUGCCGUGGCCGGGUGAAUAUGUGUACUUACCUGAGAGCCCUUCUAAAUACCUUG